UGAACCCGUGGCGAUGCGUCGGGUAGGCACGUCGCGACCCCCGACGCCGAAACAUCCACCGACCAUGUCGGGUGCCGGUAGCGGGCCACCAGUCUCGACGUUCACGUUCGUACAACGGCCGUCCUCUUGCUGGUCACCUGGCCCGACCUCGAUCCUCGCCGAUGCAACUCGACCAACGAUCGCCGCUUAAAUCGGUCACCUGCACGAGCCGUACUCGGUGACACGCUCAGUUCGCGCCAGCAGCCGUCGUCGACGUCGUAUCCUCGGGUAUCCGUGGCUGAGGGAAUAUAUAUUUAGAGAGGCGACACUGGAGGGGGUCUGAGAAUCUGGAGCACGAACAGGUGGUGCGGCGUCAGUCGAGCACCGGGGAAGACAGAUAUAUCGGGGAGAAGUAACAGAAUCGUGGUAGGACGUUGCUGAAGAGGCUGAAGAAAUUGGAGUUCCUAAGAUACCCACGCCACGACAAAACGACCGUGCGCAACAUCACGGUGGCACGGUGCUAUUUUCUACGCCAUUGCAUCCUAUACAAGGUAUUCUGGACAAUCAAUAUUUAUUGCUGGGAUCGUCGAAAGGAAGCAUCCUUUGCCAACGACCUGUGAUCAUGCUCAGCCCAAAGAUGCAAAGAACCGUGAGGGUGAACGACGCGCAGCUAGUGAUGCUCUCGGAGAAAGCCCAUCACGAUCAUUCGUUGACUGGAUAUUUGCACAAACGGACCGCGGACUCGGCCAAGUGGCAAUUAAGAUGGUUCGUUUUAUACCAGAAUUUGCUCUUCUAUUACGAAAACGAAAGCUGCUUAAGGCCCAGCGGCGUUGUUUUGUUGGAGGGUUGCUACUGCGAUCGCCUCAUCACCGCCAAAGGCAGAGAGCCGGAUAAACAGCACUGUUUCGCGAUAUCCUACAGAAGGGAGAAUCAACGGCAGUACGAGCUGAAGGCAGCCACAGAGUCCGAAUGCAAAACGUGGAUCGAAGCUAUACGAGAAGCCAGUUUCAACAAAUUGCUGUUGCAAAAGGAGGAACUCGAGCAGAAGCACCUGCACCUGUUGCAGAUCGUCGAGAGCGAGAAGACAGCUAAGUGGCAGUACACGCAGCAAUGCGAGGAGCUUGCGUCGGAAAUAAAGAAGCUUCGGGCUGAACUAUGCGCCCUGAAGAAGGAGCUGAGGCCUGUAGCUGCAUCGUACACGGGGAGGCCAGGAGUUCAAAGGACCAUGUCCCAAGGCACUGGCAGCAUAUACAUGUCUGGAUCUCCUUUUGGCUCCGAAGGACACGGUUCAGGAGUUUCGAUGUUUGGACUACGGGAUAUAACGGAGGGCUCCAUCGAGAUGCAGAAAAUUAAGAAGGUACAGAGCUUCUUCAGGGGCUGGCUGUGCCGUAGGCGUUGGAAGCAAAUCGUUGAGCAGUACAUCAAGAGCCCUCAUGCGGAGAGCAUGCGUAAGCGGAACAGCUUGGUAUUUCAAAUGGUGGAAGCCGAAGAAGAAUAUACAGAGCAGAUGGAGAUAUUAGUAAGCUGUUUCUUGAGGCCUUUCAAGAUGGCUGCCAGUUCAAAGAAACCCCCUUGUAGUCAUGAGGAUGUGAAUAGCAUAUUUUUGAAUAGCGAAACAGUGUUGUUCCUUCAUCAGAUAUUUCUGAAGGGUCUCACUUCUCGUAUGGAGAGCUGGCCCACUUUAGUUUUAGGCGAUUUGUUCGACAUGUUACUACCAAUGUUGUCAAUUUAUCAAGAAUACGUGAGGAAUCACCAUUACAGUUUUCAAGUGUUGACUGAGUGCAAGCAAUCAUCAUCUUCGUUCGCUGCACUGCUCACUAGGUUGGAGAACAAGACUGCUUGCGGAGGACGUUCUCUCGAGACCUUUCUAACGUAUCCUAUGCAUCAGAUUCCGAGGUACAUUAUUACACUGCACGAGCUUCUGGCCCACACCCCUUAUGAUCAUGUUGAACGAAAAAGUUUGCAAAACGCCAGACAGCAGUUGGAAGAUUUAUCCAGACAGAUGCACGACGAGGUCAGCGAAACAGAAAAUUUGCGAAAGAAUUUGGCUGUGGAACGAAUGAUCGUCGAGGGCUGCGACAUUUUGCUCGACGUCAAUCAAGUAUUCGUCAGACAGGGUGCGCUCAUUCAAAUCAUAGAUAAGCCAAAAGGAGCUCGCAGUAGAUUGAGUGCGACAUUCGGAGGAAAAGGUGGAGAUAAGGAAGCUGUGAGACAGUGUUUCCUCUUUUCCAAUCAUUUGUUACUAACGACUCGUCAGUCAGACGACGAUGGUCGUUUGAAUCUCGUUCCACAAAUCGGCAAAAUACCACUGUCUGAUGCGGUCUUAGUGGAGGAUCCUAACGACCAGAAUACCGCGGAUGAUGACGCUUCUUUGGCUUUGGGGCUGCGCCGACAUGCCACGCCUUGGCUGGUCUGCCUUGUGCAAAACGGUAUCAGCGAGAGCAGCGGCAGUGGUAGCGGAAGUGCCAGUACUCAGCUGCAGAACCGCGAUUUCAAGAUUAUCCUCGAUUUGAAAUCUGGUGGAGCUCAAGUUACGGUGCACCUUGUAGCCCCUACCAUUCAGGAAAAAGCUGCUUGGAUCAGCGACAUAAGCCAGUGCAUGGACAACGUUCACUUCAACGACUUACUUCGAGGCUCGUUGUCGGACACUAGUUCCGUCACGAUGCCUCAAUCAAUCAGAAACGACCCAAAACUGUUCAAAGAUGACGUUGACAUAAGGUUCAGUAGAACCUUGAACUCUUGCAAGAUCCCGCAAAUUCGAUCAGCCACACCUGAACGUCUGCUUCAGCGUCUAACCGAUUUGAGAUUCCUCAGCAUCGACUUCCUGAAUACGUUUCUGCUAACGUAUCGAGUGUUCACCGAUGGUGUCACAGUGUUGGAAGCACUGAAGAAAGUGUUUUACGAGGCUGAGCCACCAGAUUUUGAGAUGCCUACUGGAUCUCUCGUGUCUCUGGAUGUGCUGAGUGGGAACACGACAGACUCGCAAUUGCACGUGGAUGAAAGAAGAAGGAGCAGUAUUUCACCACGCAGGAUCAGUGGUGCUAGUUCAGUUUCCGGGUAUGGAUCCGAAAUAAGUGACUGUCGAGAAGUAAAGAGUCACAGUUCAUGUGACACUAUGAAAACGAGAGGAUAUUGGCGAAGUACUGGAUACAAAAAGGUUGACGAAGAGCAGCAACUAGGUUUGAUUUCGGAAGCUCCUCCGAUUAUAAAACGAAGUCCCACUAUACAGUCGUCCACUGCGUCGGCUGGUUCUCAAUCGCCAGCGACACCACGAAAGAUCAGCAUUCGCGUGGACAAAGAAAAGAAAGAAGAAGACGACGGCUGUCAUUUAACUAUUCCGAAAGUCAUAGCUGUAUCGUCGAGUUCAGAAACUCUCACGGAUAAUACGGUAAUUAGUGCACCUUCAUCUCCAAGUAACCUAAGUUCCGUUACGUUGGUCGGAUCGACUGGUUCCGGCUCAGGUUCUGGAUCAGAUCGAAGCCCACAAGAUGGCGGUACUUACUCACGUGGGGUCUCUGAAGAAACGGACACACCUGUUGCAACGGAUCCCCUAAAAGAUGAUGGUCAGUUUACAUACGACGACUCCGAUCCUGGAACACCACGACAAGUAAAGGAAGAAACACCAACGAUGACACCUACGACACCCAAAGAGAAAACCAUGGAAGCAAGCGAAAGUGAAGUCAGUAAACAAGAGAAGGAGAAACAACAUACAAAGGAAACUGAAAGCAGCAGUUCAGCUGCGCGGCCUUCGUCUCCACCGCAUAAUCAGCAAAAGCCACCGUAUCAUCACUAUAACGAACACAGAUCAUCAAUUGCUUCAGCUCCUGCGGCCACCACAAGGAGUGGCUCGAUUUCAACUAUAACUGGAAAUUAUUGGGCGAGCAGACGAUCGAUUCAAGAAACUGAAAUGUCAUCCCAACAAGGCAACUUCCAGCACGACCAGGUCUCCAGUAAAGUGGGAGUAGUGAUAACCAGCUUCCGGCAGAGUAAACGAAGCGUUGGACCUGAACCUAUCUGGUCCAGCAACCACACGGCUGCAGCUGCAUUUGCAAUUGCAACAUCCGCCUCGAGCAACCCUCCAGACAAAUGCAUCGAUGGGAAUCGCAGUGGUUCUUGCCGGGACAAGAACAGGCGGAAGGAGUCGGUUAUGUCAACAGCAGCCACCAUGAGAGUGUUGAACGUUCUCAGACACUGGGUCUCCAAACAUGCGCAAGAUUUCGAGUCUGACCAGAGAUUGAAGAACCUGACGAUCGAGUUCCUCGAGGACAUCAUCUACUGCCCUAAUCUCCUCCCAGCUGAGCAUAAAGCAGCCAGCCAGCUGCUCAGAUUGAUCACGAAGGAAGAGCCGGAAAGUAACAAAGUGGACCUCAAGAAACUGUUGUCUCCACCGACUGUACAAACGAGGGAGAGCAUAGAGACUCUAUCCGCUCUCGAAAUCGCAGAGCAAAUGACAUACCUGGAUCACAAGAUUUUCGUAUCCAUCUCUAGCGAGGAAUUCCUUGGCCAAGCGUGGAUGAAAACUGACAAGGCUACGCGAGCUCCCCACAUUCUCUUAAUGACAAAGAGAUUCAACGAAGUGUCGCAGUUGGUUGUUUCAGAGAUUAUUCGACGUUCCAACAUGUCAGCGAGGGUCGCUGCGAUCGAGAAAUGGGCUGCAGUUGCACACAUUAGCAGAGUCUUGCACAAUUACAAUGGCGUGCUGCAGAUCUGCGCAGCCUUCACAAACACCAGUGUUUACAGAUUGAAAAAGACCUGGGAAAAGGUGUCCAAAACGACGAGACAAACGAUCGACAGCCUACAAAACAUCGUGUCAUCAGAUGGCCGUUUUAGAAAUCUACGAGAUGCUUUGCAUCGUUGUGACCCACCUUGCAUACCUUACUUAGGUUUGUAUCUGACCGAUCUCUCUUUCAUCGAAGAGGGUACACCAACAAUGACCGAAGACGGCCUUUUAAAUUUCUCCAAAAUGCGAAUGAUUGCCCACGUGAUUAGAGAGAUACGGCACUUCCAGCAGACACCGUACAAAAUAGAACUGAUAACGAAGGUAACGAAUUACCUGCUGGACCCGUCGUUGCUGCUGGACGAGAAGGACCUCUACCACAAGUCCUUGGAGAUCGAGCCAAAAACAUCCAGGCUAAGUAGUUCAACCUUAAUUAUUCUGCCACCCUCCGUCAGCCACGCAUCCACAAAGUGAACCUAACUAUCAAGCAAACUUCGAUACGUAACGUAAUUA